AUGUGGGGCGGUAAUGGUGGUACUAAACUAUCAUUCGUUUCUGGGUCUUGCGUUACUUUAGGUUUCCCAUAUAGACCAGCAGGUCACUUUAGAAUACCAGGAUUCGACCUUCUUGCUGAACACAUUAAGAAACAUACAAUGGAUUUCAUGAUUUUUCUCGGUGAUUUCAUCUACGCGGAUAUUCCGCUCAGUAUUGGUACAUCGCCUGAAAAUUACUGGAGAAAAUAUCGUCAAACUAUGUCUUCAGAUUCGUUUAGGAAAGUUUACGAGCAAUUACCAUUCUAUCAUAUGUAUGAUGAUCAUGAAAUUGCAAACAACUAUGCAGGUCAGGACAACUUAAACGUAUCUCCAUAUAGAGAGGCAAUGAUCGCUUGGAAAGCUUACAACUCAGCGGGUAAUCCUGAUGCUCUCACACCAAAUCAUAGUUAUUUCUCAUUUGAUUAUGGUGAUGUAGCAUUCUUCACAUUAGACACACGCGCUCAUAGAUCUGCUAAUCAAGAAGAUGACGGUCCAGAGAAGACUAUGUUGGGCGAAACUCAAAAGAUUGCUCUCCUGGAAUGGCUUAGUGAGGUAAACAACACGGCUACCUUUAAGUUCAUCAGUUCAUCAGUUCCAUUAACGCAGCUUUGGAAAGGCGUUGAUGGACAUCUCGAUACAUGGGCAGGAUUCAAGAAUGAGCGUAAAUGGCUCUUAGACAUCCUUCAGUACGUGCCUAAUGUCAUCAUCUUAUCUGGAGAUCGCCAUGAAGCUGCUGCAGUUGAAUUGAGAGAUGCCAUCACCGAGUUCUCGACAAGCCCACUCAGUCAGUUCAGUGUACCAAUAAGAACAUUCAAACAAGACCACACCGAAUGGAUAAAAGACGUCGUCAGAAAGGAAGACCUCAAGCAUCUCUAUCCAUACUUGGUAUCAGACGGAAAGGGAAGAUUAUCUCAUCCUGAUUCUUUGAUACAUACUACAGUAGAAGAUGGAGACUAUGUGACGAUAUCCAAACCAGAAGAUCGGGUGCUGGCAUAUCUACCAGACGGCUUUGUCAAAUGGACGACAUUCGACGUUGACACGACGAGUUCAAUGCCAACUGUAAACGCGACAAUUUGGAUAGACGGCAAGGCUACAUGGAGUAAAGUAAUAAAUGGCAAACCAAUUAGACAGUCAAGCAGUGCUUUGUCCCUUAUUGACUCAGUAGGCGAUAUAUUUGAUAGUAUUGGAAUGAAAAUCUUUAGCUUCUUUUGA